UGCUCCGUCUUGCUGCCAUGUUGGAUGUACGCAUCGCUGCUGCGGCUGCAGGAGUUUACGAAUGAAAGUUGAGCUUUUAUCCGCGUACAGGCACACGGCUAGUCCUUAAUUCUUUUCAUUUUACACAAAACUGAGAAGUUAAGUGUCUUUGUUAAACAGGAACAAGCCUGCAAAACACCCCACCCGGUCCUCCUCCGCCCUCCAGUUCGGAGUCGGACUCAGCGGAGAUGAUCCGGUUGCAGGCCACUGCAACCGGAGUACGCAUGGAUUUUCUGUAAUUAGCAGUGCUCGCUGAGUCCGUCCGGGCAUAACCGCAUCGUUUUGGGGGGUUAACUAGAAUAAUUUGGAGCCAUGAACAGCCACCCGCCGCCCCGCAGGGCUCUUAACGUCGGCUCCAUCCUCCUGACCCCGCAGGAGAACGAGUGCCUGUUCGGCUACCUGGGCAGGAAAUGCGCUACGCUGUGUUCGGCGGUGGUCCAGGUGUACGGCGCAGACCGGAGCUGCUGCUGGGUGAAGAGGUGCUGUGGCGUGGCCUGUCUGGUCAAAGACAACCCACAGAGAUCCUACUUCAUCAGAGUUUUUGACAUCAAGGAAGGGAAAACCAUGUUUGAACAGGAGCUUUACCACAACUUCUCCAUCAGCAGCACCAGAUCCUACUUCAUCUCAUUUACAGGCGAUACCUGCCAGGUCGGUCUGAACUUCGCCAGUGAAGAAGAGGCCAAAAGAUUCCGAGCCGCCAUCAACGACCUGCUCAACCGACGACAACGCAAAACUGAGAAGAGAGGUGACCCUAAAAAUGGUCCAGCUCUGCACAUGGCCACGGUGGACAUCAAGAACCCGGAGAUCAACAACGUCCGAUUCCACAACUCCCACAGCCACCAGCAGCCAUACCACCUCAACAACAUGCUGAGCCACAGCGGCUUGAACAGGAAGGACAAGAAGACCAAAAGCAAGAAGAAGAAGCUGACCAAGGCCGACAUCGGCACGCCCAGCAACUUCCAGCACAUCGGUCAUGUGGGCUGGGAUCCAAACACAGGUUUUGAUCUGAACAACCUGGACCCUGAACUCAAGAACCUGUUCGACAUGUGCGGCAUCUCUGAGGCUCAGCUGAAGGACCGAGAGACGUCUAAGGUCAUCUACGACUUCAUCGAGAAGAAGGGAGGCGUGGAGGCCGUCAAGAACGAGCUGAGGAGGCAGGCACCCCCUCCACCCCCUUCUCGUGGCGGCCCCCCUCCUCCUCCUCCCCCUGCACACAACUCGGCUGCACCCCCUCCUCCUCCGCCGCCAUCCAGGGGGGGGCGGGGAGCCCCUCCUCUCCCCCCUCCUCCGUCCAGAGCCCCCGCCUCAGCUCCUCCUCCUCCGCCUCCCUCCAGACCAGGAACUCUGGGUGCCCCUCCUCCUCCACCCCCUCCCACCCGGGGAGGUCACCAGCCCCCUCCUCCUCCCCACCAUCACCACCAACACCACCACCAGCCCCCCCCUCCUCCUGCUCCGUCAUCUCUGCACUCCUCCAUCGCCCCCCAAGCCCCGCCUCCUCCGCCUCCCCCACUGGCCCUGCAGUCCCCGGGUGGCGGUGGCGGCGGCGGCUCCGCCCCUGCUCCCCCACCUCCGCCUCCUCCUCCCCCUCCUCCUCCCGGGCCCCCUCCCCCCCCGGAGCUGGACGGAGGCGGAGACUCUCCUCAUUCGCCGAGCCCUGGCGGGAAGUCGGCGCUGCUGGAGCAGAUCAGAGUCGGCGCUCAGCUGAAGAAGGUGGAGCAGAACAACCGCGCGCCGGCCUCCGGCGUGGGACGGGACGCCCUGCUGGACCAGAUCCGACAGGGAAUCCAGCUCAAGACCGUGCCGGAUCAGCCAGAGUCCGGCCCGCCGUCGUCUGCUCCCACCGCGGGCAUCGUCGGCGCCCUCAUGGAAGUGAUGCAGAAGAGGAGCAAAGCCAUCCAUUCCUCAGACGAAGACGAGGAUGAUGACGAAGACGAGGACUUUGAAGACGAUGACGAGUGGGACGACUAGUGAAGAUUUCUUUACCCAGGUC